CUCCCGGCCAGGCACGGCCCCCCUCCCCGCGCAGGGGCAGGCCGGGGCGGGGGGCCCCGGAGCCGGCGCGGCCUUGGCCCCGUCGAGGAGACCGGGGGUUCGCGAGGGCGGAGCGAUGCCGGGCGGCGGCGGCGGCCCCUGCCGGGGCCCGUGACCAUGGGCAUAGUCGAGUCCAUGCCGGACGAGCUGCCAUCGGACGCGGAGGAGCAACUGCGCAAUGGCGAGGAGCAGUUGGAGCUGAGCGGGAGGCGGCUGCGGCGGCUGCCCAGCGCCGUGUGCGCUCUGAGCCGCCUGCAGAAGCUGUACGUGAGCGGCACGGGGCUGCGCGAGCUGCCCGAGGAGAUCGAGGAGCUGCGCGAGCUGCGCAUCCUGGCUCUCGACUUUAACAAACUCGAACGCCUGCCCGACGGUCUGUGUCGCCUGCCGCGCCUCACGCGCCUCUACCUGGGCAGCAACCGGCUGCCGGCACUGCCCAACGACUUCGCGCAGCUGCAGAGCCUGCGCUGCCUCUGGAUCGAGGGCAACUUCCUGCGGCGUUUCCCGCGGCCGCUUCUGCGCUUGGUGGCGCUGCAGUCGCUGCAGAUGGGCGACAACCGGUUGCGUGCGCUGCCCGCGGAGCUGCCGCGCAUGACGGGCCUGCGCGGCCUCUGGCUCUACGGCAACCGUUUCGAGGAGUUCCCGCCCGCAUUGCUGCGCAUGGGCCGCCUGCACAUCCUCGACCUAGACCGCAACCGCCUGGGCGGCUUCCCCGACCUGCACCCGCUACGCGCCCUGCGCGUCUUCUCCUACGACCACAACCCGGUCACUGGGCCCCCCCGCGUCGCCGACACGGUCUUCCUUGUGGGCGAGGGCGCCGUCGAGCGCAUGGCCGAGCGCGACGAACCCACGCCCCGGCCGCCGCCCAGGCGCCCAGCGCGGGUCUUUGAGGAUGAGGAGGAAGAAGACCUGCUCAUAGGCGGCGGGAGCUCCCGGGCUCUGGGGCCCCCCGUGGACAGCCUCUGCGCCCUGGAAGCAGCUCCAGGACUGGGCACCUGAGCCUGUGCUCUAGGUGUUUGGGCCUCGGCCACUCUGGGAGGAGGGCCUCUGGGAAGGUUUGUGGGAACGGUGGGUCCCUACUUGAGGCAGGGAAGGGGUCUCUUUGGGCAAGCUGCCGGGGACAGGCAGGCCUGGGGGUCAUCUUCAGACAUUCCAGGGUAGUGAAAAGACUGCCUACUGGCUGGUCUCUGGGCGGUCUUCAGGCCAAGAAGUCCCGGUUCCGUCCAGUUCUUAUAGCUCCUUCUGGUCCCUGAUAGAGUCACUGACAACACAGUGGUAAAGGCACCAGCUUCUUCCUGGAACCAGGGUCACACUGACCAUGGAAUCAUCCCCUUGGCAGAGUCUGGAGGCUCAGGGCACCCAGCAACCUCCCUCCUCCUGGAGUCUGGGUCUUCUAGGUCCACCCUUUCUGGCGCAGGAGCCGCUACCUCUGGUGUGGACCACAUGCCUGCUUGAGGAAGCACUGCCCCCAGAAGAAGGCCUGGCCCAGGGGCAGGGGUUGGAUUUGGGGCUGGUGCCCAGGACAGACAGGUGUGGGAAACCGGGAUUGGGGCCCUAACCAUAGCUGCCCUUGUUCCUCCACCGGGGAUCAUGGUACAUACCUCCCUCCCCAGGUCCCCUAAAUUUUGUGUGGGGAAGGGGGGACUCAGAAGGCAAGGUCUCUGCCCUUGCCUUUUACUCUGUUCUGUUCUUCCAGCCUGUGCCUGGAAUCUUGCUGGGAAAGAGAACAUUCCCUCCCUUCCCCACAGCCUGAGCCUUCCAGCUGUCAAGUUUGAAAAGAAGCCACUGUGCCUCUAGGGCCUCCU